AUGGACAUCCCAGAAGACUUCAACAGCAAUCCCACCAGCCAAACUUCCUCACCUCCUCGAAUGUAUCCUCGCUGGAAAACCAACAUGGAGGCCGCACCGCCCGACUAUCAGACUGCCACUCUGGUCGACAUCUGGGACGUUGUUGCACGAUAUAUCCCGUCCAGUGACCUCUGCUCGGCUGCACUGGUCUGCAGCAGAUGGCACGCGACGUUCAUACCUCAUAUCUGGGGCAACCCGGCAGCUCACUUCGGCAUCGAGAACGAUCGUGUCUACGUGGCCCUGACACGCUUCAAGAGGACUCUCCAAACUGCACGGUUGCUCGUGCGGUCGGCGACACAUACAUUACAUCUUCCCCCAGCUCACGCGGAGAUCUACAACGGUCCGCAGUCGGACUGGCUACGGGAUGUGCUGGAACGACUACCGCACUUACAAUCUCUGAUUGUGAGAGGACUCCCAUUCUUUGAUUACACAGCGCUACAGGCAUUGGGUGUUAUAAGAAAUAGGCCUGAAAUUGAUCGAAAUCCACCUUCUGGAGUCAUAGAGCUUCCUGGAUCAGUCGGCAGUAUCUUUCAACGACCGUCGAACGUGAUUCCUUCUUUCGGUCUUCGCUUACUGGAUGCAUCGAGGUGUCCGAACGUCACAUCAAGCGGUCUGGCUGGCGCAUUGAGUCGAUUCGAAGGUCUGCUAUAUCUUGACUUGUCUUUCAGCUACCCAGCUCGCGAUAAGACGGUGCUGGAGGCACUACGGAAGUUCAGCGGUCCCCAAGUAUUGAAGCUGCGAGGUAUUAGCCUGAAGGAUGAUGGCAUCGAGACGCUCGGCAGAUCCAUUGGAGUUCGCGUACGGAGUUUGGAUGUCAGAGAUAAUCAUAUCACUGAUCGAGGAGUGCGCACUUUACUCGAUGCCUGCUUUACGCCUCAGCCAAUAGCGGGUGAUACCAUGUCUGGUCAGCGCUCACCAACACUCUUAUCGUAUCUUGGAACCGAGAUGCUGGACAUAUACCAGGGCGAAGACUUCGAGGGAUAUCUGCGAAAUGCUUUCACUGGUCGUUUCGUUAGCAAACUAGCUAUUGAAGAUGCGCCAGCUGGCGGCAUCACACAUCUUUACAUCUCGGGUAACCCAGUUACAGUGGAAGGUGUAUCCGGACUUGCGCGGUCUGGCCGACUACAUGUCCUAGAUGUUGGCUCUGUGAAGGAGAGUCAGCCGCGACAUCCCUCCUGGUCAAACCUGGCCGACAACUCGCAGAUGGCAAUGCCAGGUCAGGAGAAGCUGACACCUGUCUUCGCGAAGCAUGCAGCCGAGGCAUUGACGUUCUUACGAAUCGAUCACAGCUUGAUAACGAAAGAGGCGCCGCACCAUCGUCUCGAUGAGGUCGUACAAGGUCGUGUGGAGCUAGGCGAUACAUCAUUGCCAUACAACCCCACGCAGCUCACUGAGCUGCCUGGAAUCUCAGUCCAGCCACAGGCAUUUGAAAUGCCAUCUAGCCUCCCAACACCUCGACAUGAGCUUGAAGCUGAUCCCAUGCAAUUCGUGGUGUCACCGGCGGCCGACGACACCUUCCACGUCGAAAAUCCUGCCGAUGAAACUCGCGAAGCGCGACGUGGCAGCGCUCUGGCACCUGAAGUGGUGAGCUCGCUGUCUGCUGAUCUGGACCAGAAAAUCCUUCUGAGCCCUGCGUCAGCUGAGGAAGGAAGUACCAUGAUGACUGGCAUCAGCAGCACCAUUUCACCCAUGUUAUCUUCAUCAAGCCCUGGGUCCGCGACGCCGCCGACUCCGGUAUCACGUCCUAGAAGCUAUUCCUCCGUGGCGACAGAACGAAAAGCGAGGCUCAAUGCCCAUGUACAAGCCGACCACAACUUGCACCCGGUCAUGCUGCCUCAUAUCAGUACUUUGGUCCUGACAGAUGUCCCACCUUUCUCUUCUGACAGAUCUGUGGCCGAUCGCAUCAUUUGCUUCAUCAAGAACUGUGCUCAGGAGGCUACUUUGGCACACAGUCAGGCGAAGCUUGACUACGCAUUACCCCCGGGCCGCAAAGGACAUGUAUCGGCGGUCAAGUACUCUGCAGAUAAGCUGUUCGCAUUGAAGCGCGUCGUCCUUGAGAUGGCACCAGAGAAAGCGGAUCGUCGGAGCAGCAAAGCAAGUCCCUGGCAACAUCAAUCGACUAAGACCAUGACAGAUGAUCGCGACACCGAAGUGUUAUGGAGUGCUGCUGAGACGGACUUUAGCUUUUUCGGCGAAGAGGAAAAUAUGUUCCCAACGCUCGAAACGGGUCGUUUUGCGCUUUCUGGCACCACUGAGAAAGAGGUCAGCUUUGGACAGCCCGCGACAAGUCCUCGACCUUCUCAGGUCGCUGAGCUCCCAAUGAUCGACAACAUUGCCCUGAUCUCAGCCUUUCGUAAGGAGCGAAAGCUUGCGUAUCAGCGAAACAUUGUUGCUGGCAACCAUGACCCCGAGGUUGAAGGCUACUGGAACGGUGUCAUCUCAGUGGUCCGCUCGAACAAUACUGUGCGCAGCGAUGAGGAACUGGACUACUACGGCAACAAGUUUACGAGCAACUAUCUGUAUCGUUGA